AUGACGCUAGCCUCCAAUCAGCUGUAGUGCGGUGGUGAUGGUAACUGUUGAUGUCACGUUACCUUGAAGGUUAUUUUGUUUUUAGUUAAAAAUUUUAAUUAAUAAAAUGGAAUAAGAAAUGUUUUCUACUAAAAAACGACUAAUUGAACGCACUGGUUACAAUAAUACAGGUCGUUAUGAUUAUUUAAAAUUAUUAUCCACGGAAUUGAAAACAUCAAAGUCCAGAGAAGCUAGAAAACAAGUAUUAGCAAAUUUAUCAAACUUUGCAUAUGACCCAGUUAAUUAUGAUUACAUGCGACAAUUAAGAAUAGUUGAUUUAUUUUUACAUGUACUUUCUGAGUCUGAUAAAGUUUUUGUACAAUAUGCAAUUGGAGGUCUUUGUAAUUUAUGCUUAGAUCCAAUAAAUAAGGAAUAUAUAAUUCGCAAUCACGGAGUACAGUUAAUAAAACCACUUCUUUCAUCAAAUGAUGAACCAUCUCUGCUAUCGGCGAUUACUACGCUAAUGUUUUUAAUCACAGAAACAUCUAGAGCAGAAAUAAUAACACCGGAACUGAUAAACCAACUAGUUACUUUAUCUCAUUCGUCAAAUAAUCGUGUUAAAAAUUUAGCGACCAUUUUUUUACAAGACUACUGUGGUUUUAAUGACACUGAAACCUCUGCAGUAGCUAGUACAUCAACUGGAUAAUAUAUAAAAAAUGUAUUUAUCAAAAUUAACAAGGCGACUAAGUAUUUCAUCCCGAAAAUUUACAAGUGAAUUUGACUUUGAAAGAAAAUUCAAGGUUGGCGAUAAGGUUUCGGUGGUUAGAAAAAUAACCGAGGAUGAUGUAA